AUGGCGGUUCGCCGUUCCGCCCGCAUUCGACGAAAGGCGUCGUCCGAGGAACCUCAACCUCCCUCUGAGACAGCUGAUCUGACCACCAACGAAAUGACCGAGAAUAACAUCGGCAACGACAACAAGAAAAACAAAAAGAGAAAGAAGCUUCCUGCCGUUAUGGAACGCGAUGAAGUGCCAGAGGUCGAAUCUCAUCCCGCGGCCAAAACACCCACCAAAACACCUACCAAGUCCAUUCAUACUCCAGUUAGGACAUCCAGCAUCAAAACACCCGUCUCCUCAAGCGCGAGGAAAUCCGUUGGCGCGAAAACUCCUACCAGUGCCAUUACGCGCCCGUCCCACAACGAAAUGCACCCCAGCAAGGUCCAUCAGAGCACCACCAAGCAGGUAGACUCGGGCAUGAUCCUGGGCUUCAAUCCCAUCAAGAAAGACGCCAAUGGAAAUGUAGUCAAGGAAUCCGUGGCCCAAGACACUCCCAGCAAAGCCAAGGCCUCUCCCAUGAGCCAGUAUGGCACUCCAGGAUUUGAAUUCAAAUUCGCAUGUCAAGAGUCUCAGCUGAGCGACGAGGCGAAGAGGCUCAUGGAGAGUGUGCGUGAGGAUGUCGCUAAGAUCAAGGCUCAAAUGGUCCAAGAGAAAGACAAGCAGACUGCUGCUGACCACAGUGCUGAAGAGUCGAAUGGUAAGGAUCGCAGAUUUGUGCAGCCCAAGGGAAAAGCCAACCGCUUCAGCGAUGCUCACAUGGCGGAAUUCAAGAAGAUGGACUCCAUCGCCAACCAUCCCUCGGCGUUCCGUGCCACACCCGGACGUUUCCAACCGGUCUUGCAAAAUUUGAAACGUAGCAAUUCGAGAGCGGGAUUGGACGAUGCCGAGAGCAGCCAUAAAUCUCCCAAGCCGACUGCGAGGUCUUCUCCCGCUCCGGCCACUCUCAGUGCAAAACGUGUCAAGCACGGCAAAACCGACGACAUCUCCACUCGCCGUCGCCCUGUUGAGACAAAUGAGACUCCCAAGUCGACGAUACCUCGUCCUCGAUCUGCUAUCCGCCAUUCCUUGAUGACCCCCACACGAGCCUCUGCUGCGCGUGCCUCGUCUGUCAGCCUGAAGCCUUCUCGAACCAGUAUGAUCCCUUCUCUAGCCCGAUCCCCAGCUUCGAAACCUGCUGGUAUUCCGCGCACGCCCCAGACCGAAUUCAAUCCGCGCAUUAAGAGUAGCCUGCCUACACUGAGUGGACUGAAGUCCAUCCUCCGCCGCCGCCAGCCUCUGUUCUCCCGGGAUCCCGCGAAGAUCGCUGCAGGGACCCAUGUGGCCGCUCCCGACUUCAGCUCGAACUUCCUCCCGGGUCCGUCGCGUGAGGCUUCCGUCGAGGAGACUGCCCCCACACCGUCGCCCAAAAAGCGCGUUGAAUUCUCUCCCACUACCAAGUUGCCGGCCACCAAGUCCACUUCCGAUGACGUCGACCAGCCAUCCCCGUCGCCCUCCAAGGCUGCCGUGUUCGCACCUCGUAUCUCCACAGACAUCGUUUAUCCGACCCUUCCUGUUCUGACGCCUGAGAAGAGCUCCGCCGCCGCUGCAAAAUCCGCACAGGUCACUCCUACAAUCCGCCAUGUCCGUCCGUCGAUUGUCAACGCUCAAUCCACUCCUCUUCCCAAUGUCGCGGGCGUGCCCCAUGGUAUCGGUAACAAGAAGCGGAACCGUGAGACGGAAGACGAAGCCGACACGGAGAACGUACCACCUGUCGAACCCACUUCCGACGCUCGCAGUGUCAAGAGACUCAAAUUCAGCGCCCCGUCUCCAAUCAAGGCGCCUCCUACCCCCAGUCCCGUCAAGGUCCGCACUCACACUCCUGUCCGACCCUCCUCAAUCUCCGGGCGGACGGGCACUCCCGCCAGCGCCAGAGCGAAGAGCCGGGGCGUCCUCAGUAUCAGCCGCCUGAACAUGCUUUCUCAGCCUAAGAACCGUGGCUGA